GCCAGAACAAAAUUACAGCGACCCAAAUAGAUCUAAUUUUCCGGCCGCCGUGUCACUGCUCGCCGUCACCUUUGCCCGCUUCUUGAGUUUCACAAACAAAAAAAAGACGAAGAAGGAAUAAAUCUGGGGCUCCUUCCCUCCUGUCCAAUACGACGCCUGUACUACGCCACCACCGUUGAUUUCUUUGCCUCAGGUCGAGAUACAGAACAUGACGGUUUCCAUUCUCGAAGAUCCGGCGGUGAGCAGAGUAUUCGGAGAAGCCGGAUUCACAAGCUGCGAUAUAAUGGUUGCUCUUUUAAGGCUUGUUCAUCAAUUCUUCCGAUACUCAACGUACAAAAACCAUCCAUCUCCCCUGUUUCUCUGUAAUUUAUCCAUGGAUUCCAAUUUGGGUCGGAGAGAUUUCACUUUCCCUUUCCUGGGAAACCCUGCAAUUUUAGAGGGAGACAAGAAUUGCAGGAGGAUCUGGGAAGUUCUUGAAAAGACGAACAAGAAGAACCCAUUGUUAGUUGGGAAAAUAUCUAAGAUAUUACAACAGCAGUUGGCCAUAAGGGCACCAACUCCAACAGGAAUUACAAAGCUUCAGGGGGGAAAGAACGUGAGAGAAUCACAGAGAGUAAAGCAGCGGCUCUAGCCGCUGCUAUCUACGCAGCUCCGAUGGCGGUGGGCAGUGGAGGAGGCGACACCCAGUGGCGGCGACGGUAGCGGCUGCAGCUCCGGCCGGAUAUGGGCGGCGAUCUCCAACUCCGUUCAAGCUCCAAUUUCUUCAAUUACUUCAUCUUCUUCAACAAUUGUUUUUUUAUUUUAUUUCGUGACAAUGUGUGUGCAUGCUUAAAUAAUUUCAAAAGUACAAACUUUGUUCGUGGGAUCUACCCUUACUUGCCCUAGCUAUAGUUUUUAUUUGAUUAUAUUUUGGGGGUUAGUUAAGGAUAUUUUAUAAAUUUUUAAUUUGUUUUGGACCACACGACAAGUCCCCAACAAAUUUUGGCGCCGUUG